UAGGGGCUCCACUCAACUUGUUUGCGGCCAGGCUAUAUAUCGACGAGUGAUUAUAAUGCCAAGAAAAAAGCUAACACGCACUUCCGUCAAAUUACUUCCCUCAGAGACACUAUGCAGCAUAUUCAGGUUUGCACUGGAGGACAUCAUCGAAGAUGAUAUGAAGACAACUGCUGAAGCAGAGCACCGGGUUAUAGCAGGAGGCUUGCCAUUUCCUCACACUAUGGCAUCAGUAUGCAGACAAUGGCGAGACGUCAUUUCGUCUGCACCCGAGCUCUGGACUCGUAUCUUUUGCGUGAUGCCGAAUAAGAGCGGACGUCAGACCUUGACAGAUCUGAAUUCUCAGCUUCAAAAGGCGCAUGGUUAUCCGGUUCAUCUGACUAUAAUAAACAAGCACAACCAUCUCAAGCAAAAGGAAGUUCCUCAUAUCCUCAAGUUCAUCGCUCUGCACAUUGGACAGCUGAAGAGUUUGCGCAUUCGUAACUUUUAUGGCCUAUACAUCAAAGAAUAUUGCGACACAUUAGCAGGACAUGCGCCCCAACUAGAGUGUUUACAAGUGACGGGCCCGAAACUCCUGGGGUGUUGGACAACUCGCCAGCACCUACCACCACUUUUCAAACUCGACUGUCCCACCCUCAGAAUCCUUCAUAUCGAUCAUAAAGUAGCUCACAGUCUUGAUCACCAGUGGCUCGAGAACAAUUUGACAAACGUCGAGUCCGUGACGCUAUCAUUCGAAGAUGAGCUUCCGUGCUAUGGGCCUUCAUAUUCAGUACCAGACAGUGUUCCAAAAGCGCUGAAUGCAGUCCCAGGAAGAAUACCUUGCCUCGUUAUCGACGGCUUGCAAUUUCCGUUCCAGACCAUCUCACAGAUCAAACGCGAAGGCCUCCAAAUCGGGGCGGAGAAAGUGGUCGUGCGUGGGUGCAUGAAAGUUUUAGCUAUAGUCGAUGACCAUUGCAAGACGAUCGUCAUUCGCAACUGUGAAUUCGUAGAAGAUCCGCGUAUCAGAAGGUUUCCCUCGUCAAAUACACUAGAGUUUGAUGGGUGCUUCGGCAGCAGGUUGGAAAUGGCGCCUCUGGCCCCUUCAUGGAAUGGCGAUACGGUGACGGUCACAAACAGCAACUCGCUUUGUAUGAAAGCCAUUUUUGUGCUCCUGGGUGCACCUUUCAAGGACUCCAGUUGUUCCCUGUGGCCACGUGUCACCACGCUCAAGCUCGUAGCCAAGGGUGAUUUCAUCUUGAGAUUCCCGUUCAAGAUGCUGAAAGCGAUGAUAAGUAGCCGGAGGGAGGCUGCAGGACAGGAGAACCUGGGAAAGAAUGACGUAGAGUUGGAUGCUAUUGGAUUCAAAGGGGUCCGUCCGAUUAUGGUGCUUCAUGUGCAUGGGGGACACGGUCUGUUGCGCAAGGAGAGAGAGUGGUUUGAGGAACAGGUGAGAGACUUUGUUUGGGAUUGUAAGAAGAGGUAAAAGAGUGGGUGGUCGAGGAGGUGGUUUCCUCGGCAGAAACAUAGCCAUAGCGCCCAUGUCUUUUGCUUUGUCACGAUUAUCUGACAAAGUUUUUAAUCAUCUAAAGGCAGU